AUGAGGCUCUUGAACGCAUGGACUUUCGAAAUCAAAGAGUUCAUGGGCAGCGACUCCGAAAUAUAUGCCAUGCUAUCACAUACCUGGGAGACGGAAGAAGUGACCUUUGCGGACUUUAGAGCUAGUAGCAUUCCUGGGCCGGCGGGCUCAAUGAACGGGUUCAAGAAGAUCAUAGGACACUGCGAAAAAGCUAGGAUGGAGGGUUACGAUUGGAUAUGGAUCGAUACCUGCUGUAUCGACAAAUCAUCCAGCGCAGAACUGUCUGAGGCGAUCAACUCUAUGUUCCAUUGGUAUGAGAAUGCUGGGGUGUGCUAUGUCUAUCUGAGCGACGUCAAAUCUGAUGAGAUUCCUGCUCUAGCCGACUCGUCUUUUCGUAAGAGCAGGUGGUUCACCCGUGGGUGGACUUUGCAAGAACUCAUUGCGCCCCAGGAAGUUGUGUUCCUUGCAGCUGACUGGGAAGAGAUCGGAUCACGCUGGGAACUAUCACAGAUCAUGUCUGAGAUCACGAAUAUUGAUGAGAAGGUCCUAAAAGAUCCUUCCAGAACAGUCGAGUUCAGCUCUGCUCAGCGUAUGUCAUGGGCUUCGAUGAGAAAGACGACCCGAAUCGAGGACCAAGCGUACAGUUUGCUUGGUAUCUUUAAUGUUCAAAUGCCACUUCUCUACGGUGAAGGAUCUAAUGCAUUCAAGCGCUUACAGAUUGAGGUAUUGAAUAGCUCUAAUGACUCUUCGCUUCUUGCCUGG